AUGAGAAGGGUAAGGCGCGACCGUCCAAACAAGGCGGUCUCUCCGUUUUCUCUCUUGGCGCCAGUCCUUCCACACCACAGCACUGUGACGCCCACACGACUAAUAUCUAUACAGGAGCCUAUGAAGUUCACUUCAUCGAGAAGAUGUAUCACCAAGAACAGACGAUUCUGCGACCUCCCGGAAGACUUGCUCAGACUUAUUUUCCAGUGUUCGGAUCCCCUUGACCUCGCCAAUCUCGGGAAGACCUGCAAGCCACUCUACCGCCUCUCUUCUGAGCGUAUCACCUGGCUGACCGCUUUCAAAGACGUGAUGGCGAUAAACGAUAUGUUUAUCCCUCCGAAUGCGAUUGAAGAGUGUACCGCUGGCGCACUAAAGUAUGCCGCAACUGCACCUUCCAGAAUGUUAUCUCUCAUUCUAGACUACCCACUUCUCAAAAAAGAUCCCAGCAAAUUAUUUACUCACCGCUUUGUCACUUCAGAACCCGUUCAUGAUCUGUUCCUUAUCCCGGGCGGCUGCUACUUGGCGAUACUGCAGGAUGGUCGCCUGGAUAUUUGGGAGCUGAACAUGAGCAGGAUCUCGGUGAAUCGUUUCAUCGCGUCUGGGGUCUGUAGACAGGACGCUAGGGACAUACUCUCCGUUUUUCGGGUUGGUGGCACCUCUCCCUUAGGACUCCGAAUUGCCACAGGAGAUAAAGCCGCCUUCUAUGACACGAGGAUUAAUGUCUACGAGUACCGUCCAGGAAUGUGCGACAUUCCGUUGAUUGCGGAACUGCGCACCAGAGGCAUCAUAACCUCAGCCAGCCUGCGAGGGAACCUUUGUGCUGUCUUAACGGACGAAAGCCUCGUGGUUUGGGAUUACCUUCACGGGCUGUAUGCCAGCUGGCCGAUUAGCCCAGAUGAUAGCUUUGACAAGAUUUUCCUGGAUGACGACUAUCUCACCAUCUCCGGAGCCAAGCUCCUUAACAUCUGGGAACUUCCUCAGCUUCAAACUUGUCCUGCACGAGCUGACGGGCCUCCCCCCUUCACGAGUGAAUCAAUGCUCCCUCCGAACUCCACAUAUAUAACAUCCGGACAAGGAGCAGGGUCCAAUGAUCGCUUUUAUCCCGUCCGCCUUCAUGAUUGGUAUAACAGCAAUCCAGAAGACCUAUUCACGGACACCAUUUCGAACAACAAGCUGACAAGACAUCGACUUCAACGGUCCCAAGCUAGUGGCAAGCCCACUCUAUCUGGAGAUAGCAUAUCCAUCGGACCGCUUGGCUUACGCGAUGCGCCCGUGAACACUCUGAAAGAGCACCGACUAUGCAAUGGAUUCACUGUUACAGGUUAUAAUAAUGAAGAUUCUGAGGCCCAAGCCCUCGUAGCCCCAAGACAUCUUGUCUCCUCAGACCUGCAAACCCCAAGAGACCAGCAUUCGGCAAAAGCGGUCUUGCUCUCUUCUCAGGUUCAAGAUGAGCGCUGGUCAUUUGACCCAACCUCUGGUCGACUCGUUUACGUCGACGCGUCAGAACCUGACCUUCGGACCAUAUGUGUUGUUGAUUUGCUCAAGGCACUUGAAAAUGCACAAAGACACGAACAGCGAAAAUCCGCCACCGAGCAAUCACCCACGGCCGCAGAACUCCCUCGGAUUAUCAAAGAAUGGGUGUUCAAGAGAUACCUUAAGCUCAAGCAGAUAUUGUUGGUGAUACGGGAAUACUUGCGUGAUCGCAUUCGAAAUAACAUUGUCAAUUAG